AUACACGUAGUGGAGAGCUCAAAAGAAGGCGAUGAGCAUGACAGCCCCUUAGUAUGUACAUAUUUGAUCAUAUCAAACCUUGAACAUUGAAAUGUACAGAUACUCAGAUACCCAGGUAUGUACGUACCUACUGACAAUAGAAUAUAGGUACGUGGGUAGGUACGAUGUCAAACAUUUGUUUGUUACGUAUCUGCGGUAUCUGAAGGAAGUCACUACCGGUAACUGUGAAAAGGAUUCAGGCACGUUUCUUGGAUUUAAACUAUGUACAUAGCAUUUAAUUUGUCUUCACAUUUUCUAUCAUUGACACCAUACUAACUAUUCCCGAUUUCUCUUCACAAACUCGAUGUCAUAGUCUCCUAUUCCUGAUAUACAAACACCAUCACACUCUUUGCACUCGCCCAUCCUGCCACAAUGCCCUCCUUUCGUGGAAUUGAGAUAUCCAUAAUAACCACCUCGGAUGUUAGAAAGCUACCCGAAUAUCCCCAUCCAGAUGGAUCGUCUGUUCGCCUUAUGAGAGUUGGUACUGGUCUGAACGAUUUACGAAAUGGGGGCCGAACUAGCCCUCACCCUUUUGCUGUUUCCAGCUUCUCUGAUGCCGACCCGACUCGCCAAAAGAAAGUCAAUCCUCGUAUAUCCGUCUACAUUCCUUCAAGUCCCGGUGAACAAUUUCGGCUCAGAUACUUCAUCAACCAAUCGUCGCUACCUUCUAAGUUCGUCUUCUUCAAGAUGUUGAUAAAUGGCCGCCAUAUUGUCUCGUGGGGCAUCGACGCCAGCAAUUCCUCUCUUGGGAGCGUGACGAGAAGUCUUUACGAGCCUAGUGAGAAAUUCAGGGAUAAAAACGGCGACCCUGUUGUGGGUAUAGAGGCGCGGUAUCUCCAUUUCAUGCGUGAUCCCGAAAGGAAAACCGGGGACGAAGAUGGCGGCCUGGUCGAAGUUCAAGUAUUUCGCUGCCGAGGACGAAAACGCAUUGCGGUUGUACUAGAUCCUUGCCCGAACCGCAAUUGGGAUCGCAAUGGCAUCACCUUGUCCAGUGGUGGCUUGGUAGAUGAUCCCCAAGACGCUUCCUUCUACGAGUACCACCUAGAGGACGCGCGUGAUUCGCCUUACGCGACCUUCUGCUUUCACUAUAGAUCUAUGAAGUAUCUCGAGCAACUCAACAUUGUCCCUUCGCACGAGGCUAGAGACCGGCCAGCGUCGAUGAAUCAGAACAACACAACAGUCCCUGGCCGUAAAGAGGAUACUGCGUGCGUGGUUUCAUCAUCUGAUAGGCGGUUGUUUGAUAAUGACGUCGAACCCGUUGGUAUGGCUCUUUCGAGCCCAUCCAAAGCAGGAGAAUACUCCUUAAAAAAUCACCCACGACUUUCACCAACCCGUCUAACUAGCAUGGCUAUUGAAGAUGUUAAAGAGGGUCGAAAUGGGGCAGUGGGUAAGUUGGCACGGAGGCCGCUACCCGACCCCCCUCAAACGCUCUCAGAACAAAUGUCAAAGGAAUCAAUCAGAUCAAGUUGUCCAUCGUUAACACCAUCUCUAAAACAAUAUGUCGAGAGCGAAGAAUUCGAGAAGGAAGAUAUACAGCUAAGUAUGGCGCAGCCAGUCUUCAUACCAUCCGAGUCAAUGCAGGCAUUGGAAUUGGGUGACGUGAAUAUCCAUGAUCAAGGGGACAACUCAUUCUCAGACUAUGCAGUUUCUCCAAGCUCAACAGAAACGUCACAUUCGCCAGAACUUCCUCCCCCGGAAGGGUAUCUUCCAACUACUGGAAGCGUGCUUGAGCGCCAACUUAAUCAAUUCGAUUCGCCCGUUGAUCAGUCAUCACCAAAGAGUAAAACGAAGUCGCCAAUUUCUCAACCAGAGGGGGCCUUGGUUGGUGAUGUGCACGUUCAAGAAGCUAGCACGCUCAUGAUGACAGAGGCGGAGUGGCUAAGACAGAGUCCAUCACCACAACGACGUAGUGGCAACCUGAUAAAACGGUUUUGGAGCCCACGGCCAGAGAAACGCCCCGGCCGUUCUUCCAUGGUAGAGCUUCCUGCUCGCAAAAGUGAGGCUACGAAUCUCAAACGCUCUGGUGACGGUACUGCUGUGCGGAAUGCACAUGAAGGUGAUGACGGUUACACCGAUGAAGUCCCUGCAGGAAACUGGAUCUAGAUGGGCUGUUGUAUGCGUUGGCGACAGGGUGUCGAGCCAUCUUAGCUUUCUGGCUACAUUCGUGCCUAGGAGGUCAUAGUCUUUACAAUGUACCACUGGAUCCUGUGGCCCAGCUAUGCAAGAUUAACCGUGCUAAAUGCAAAAGAGCUUCC